GUUCUGGAAGAGGAGCAUGGGAUUCACUGCAAUAUGACCUUGCUGUUCUCCUUCGCUCAGGCAGUUGCCUGUGCUGAGGCUGGUGUUACUCUGAUUUCGCCAUUUGUAGGACGUAUCCUGGACUGGUAUGUUGCAAAUGGGGAUAAGAAAGCCUACGAGCCCUCAGAGGAUCCAGGUGUCAAGAGUGUCACUAAGAUUUAUAAUUACUACAAAAAGUUUGGCUACAAAACUAUUGUGAUGGGCGCUUCGUUCCGAAAUACAGGAGAAAUAAAAGCACUUGCAGGGUGUGACUAUCUCACUAUUUCACCUAAGCUCUUGGCAGAGCUCAGCAAAGAGUAUGUCAAGUUAACUCCCACGCUCAGUAUUAAAGAUG